CAGACACACGUGGAGCAAAGAGGCGGAAAAAAAGGCAGCACGAGCAGGAGACCAAUAGAAAGCAAGAGAUCAUGAUGCUGUCGCAACAGGGCAGAUUUAGCUAGUUUGGCUUUUAGGGGGGACAAAUAUUAAAAGAACAAACUGGAAACUUCAAUGUAGCAAAGUAAAGGGCAAGUUUUGACUUGAAAAUGCUACUAUGAAGUUUUGUUUUUAAUUCAAAAGGAAUAACCGCAAGAGCUGGCGAUCUUUGGGGAUUUGAAGCUUUUUUUUGUUCAAAUCAAGGAGAACCAGGAACCUCCAUCUGCCUGACAGCAGAACUGAGGUGGAGCUCUUUGACCUGCACUUGGGAACCAACUCACGUAUGCUUCAUUGUUAGGAAUAGAAGAAUAAUCCCUAGGAGCAGGUAAACUUUAGGUAGACCGGGUGAACACGUAGUGCGUACACCAUCCGCUGCCGAGCAUCAUUGCCUCCAACAGCUUGCACCUUGCCUUCAGGGCUUCUCCAAAGGACUCACUGAAAUCCACUGCUCUGAAGAUGACAUACGCCAUGCUACGCACAGCGCCUCCUGCAGGCCGCUUCCUGUACGGCGACAUCGCUCUCCUCUCCGAAGAUGAUGAGGACAAUGGCAGCGAAGGCUCUGGCUCUGAGGAGCGAACCCCCAACUCAUCCAACUCCUCUGCGUUCCGCUUGUCUUCCUCGUCCCCAACGUCCUUCCACAUCAAGGUGAACAGAAAGAGGAAAAUGUGUGUGGCCGGAGGGGGUGGAGGUCUGGGGGCCAUGGUGGGGCGCCUGGGCACCCCUGGGUCAUCACCCAACGUGGAGGUCCGCCAGAGGACCGCUGCCAAUGCACGGGAGAGAGAUCGCACCAAUUCAGUGAACACAGCCUUCACGGCGCUGCGCACACUCAUCCCCACUGAGCCUGCAGACAGGAAGCUGUCGAAGAUCGAGACGCUACGUUUGGCCAGCAGCUACAUCAGCCAUCUGGGAAACGUGUUGCUUCUGGGUGAAGGGCUUCAUGAUGGACAGCCGUGCCACGCGCCAUCGCCCCCAUUUUUCCACGUCAGCUCCUCCCCCACCCGAGGAUCCGACCAAUCAACUCAACCCAAGCACAUCUGUACCUUCUGUCUGAGCAACCAGAGGAGAAUGAACAAAGACAGAGACCGGAAAACGACCAUCAGGAGCUAACAGACGCAUCGUCAGAUGAAAUCCUCAUCUCUUUGACAGUGAUUUUUUUUUUUUUAUCACUGCAGCUGGAACACGAGCUCCUAAUCCACUUUUAAGACUUUUGAAGGACUUUUUAUAGCACUUCCAGGACCCGCCUUUUUCCAUUGCUUUUUUUACAAAGAACUUUGUUUUCCAGUGCAAAAAACUCAAUAAUACUUUCAGAAGGUUUUUACUUGAUUAUGAGUGACAAUCAAGCACUUCUCCCUGUGUUGCACAGUGACUUUUUUUUAACAGUUUUUGGUGCAUGAUCAUACAAACACAAACCCCACAACUUUGCAUUAAUCAAAGGCUGUGUGUUAUUAUUGUGUAAACUGAAAUAUAAAUGUAUAUUUAUGUAACAUAACAUUAUGUAAUGAAACUAUGUUAUUUAACGGUUGUCUAACAUUCUUGACAUUUUUUAUGAAGUUAAAAACAUUUGCUUGAACUUGAUUUAAAAAAAAAAAGAACACUUAAACAUGGCCAUCAGAAUAAAACCAUUUC